AUGGAAAACAUCACGAUAACCCGCUUCUCCCCGUCCCAACACUCCCCCCUCAUCCCGGCCAUUAUCCAGAUGCACAUCGACUGCAUCCAGGCCGACGGCGCCCUCCUCCGCUUCCACCCGCCCUUCACCCCGGAAAAGCGCCACAAGAUGGAAACCUUCUGGAACGAGCGCCUCUCUCAAAUUUCCACUGGCCGCCGCAUCGUACUGAUCGCUUUGGCGUCCACAGAGGGCAACGAUCAAGACGAAGUGGCUGGCAUCGUGGAGCUGGGCAUGCCGGACGCAGACACGGGGCCUUUCAGGGGAGAUUUAGAGAUGCUGAUGGUGUCGCCCAAGUAUCGACGCAGAGGACUGGCCGCCAAGCUGAUCAAUGACUUGGAGGAGAUUGCGAGAGAGGAAAAGAGGACGUUGUUGCAACUAUCGACAGACGUGGGAUCAGCGGCGGAGAAAUAUGUCUAUCCUCGCUUAGGAUAUACUAUCAUGGGAACGAUUCCCAACUUUGGCAUCUCGCCACUAGACGGCUCCCUGAAGGACGGCGCGUUCUUUUACAAACACCUCGCGCAACUCAGUUAA